ACUUGCUUAAGCGCCUCUCUCUUCUCUCACUUUCGAAUCCUUACUCCGAACGGUGGGAAUCUCUCAAGAUGGCCGAGAAGAUCUACGUUACAUAUAAUGAGGUCCACAAACUCUGUGCCCGUUCCGCAAAGGAUAUCCUCCAUGAGUUCCAACCGACUCUCAUGAUCGCCAUCGGUGGUGGAGGUUAUGUGCCGGCACGGAUCCUGCGGUCCUUCCUCAAGCAGCCAGGCGCGCCGAACAUCCCCAUUCAAGCCAUCGGCCUCUCCCUCUACGAGCAGCUAGGCGUCUCCGACAACCCGAUCGAAACCCCCGGCACCAAAGUCACCCGCACACAAUGGCUGGACCUGUCGUCCCUGAGCAUGACGAGCCUAGUCGGGAAGAAUAUCCUUAUCGUCGACGAGGUGGACGAUACGCGCACGACGCUGGAGUACGCGGUUCGCGAGCUGGAGAAGGAUGUGCAAGAGGCAAAAGAGCGGAUGGGAAAAGAGGCGGAGGGAAUGGAGACGCGGUGGGGGGUGUUUGUCCUGCAUAACAAAGAUAAAACUAAGAAAGGGACGCUCCCGACCGAUAUGAUGAGUGGCGGACGGUACAUGGCCGCGCGCACGGUGGGAGAUGUGUGGAUUUGUUAUCCGUGGGAAGCGAAGGAUAUUGAGGAGCACGACCGGUUGGCUGCGGAGGCCGAAGCCAAAGGCAAGAACUAGACAAAAGUGACCAAUUGCAUUGCAAGGGAGGUGUUUGGCGAUUCGGUGGGAACGGUGUGUAUUAUCAAUAAAGAGUGCUUAGACACGGCCUUGAUAUGUCCAGGAAGCGAUUGGCGAGUGAGUAUCGAAUGGGGGAUCGGUCCGCUGCAUAGAGUAUUACACUAUUCCUAGAGAGGGGAUGAUUACCCACUUGGGACUUCAAAUUAUGUCAAAAGGUGAUAACAAGGAGCGAACCAUUUUAACAUUACCCUUUAGAGCCGCCCACCCACAGUUCCACUGGCCAUUACCUAUUGCUGCCCACCCAGGAUAUCUCCACCUGCCAUCCAACCCGACUCGACGAGACAUCACUCCCUCCAGACCAAAAUCCCCUUCUCAUAAAGCCCGGCCACAAUCCCGAUCUUCUCCCUCACGUCCCUCACCGCCGUCGUCGAUGUCCCAUACUCAUUCCCCAAAUACAACAGCCUCAGCACCCCCUCUGCAUUUCCAUCCCACUCCGC